AUGCUGUGCCGAAGCCUCACUCGACGUGCCGCAGCGGCAGCCCCUCGUGCCGGUGCGAGGGCUCUGAGCACCACGGCCGCCCUGAGGGAGUCCAAGACGCCCUCGAUGGGCGACAUCAAUCCCUCUCCGUCGUCGGUCCAGUCCUUCACCACAAAGCAAAAGGCAUUCCGAGAGCAGCUGGCAGAGGCGCAGAGGGAGCGGGGAGCACGUGCGUUGGCCCAGAAGUCUUCUGCUUCUUCGGCCGAGAAAUCGGGCCAAGGCUCAUCCGAGAACGCUGCAGGACUUACCGCCCAGGCCAAGCAAAAGGAGCUUGACCGCAAGUCGGGCCCCCUCUCCAACCUCAUCUACGGCACCAAGGAGGGCAGGGAGAUGGAGGCCCAGAUGGAGGCAAGCUUCAGCCAGGUCUUGGCCCGUGGCAAGUAUGUGCACUCGAUCGUCUUCCACGAGGUCAAGCCCGAAAGGGUAGACGAGUACGUCGACCUCGUCGGCCGCUGGUAUCCUCAGAUUGCCAACGCGCCCGAGAACAAGGUGCACCUGGUCGGUAGCUGGCGCACCGAAAUUGGUGACUGCGACACCUUUGUGCACAUCUGGGAGUACCAAAAGUACGCGGGCUACCACGAGUCUAGGUACUCCAUCACCCAUCACCCCGAGUUCUCCGCUUUGGACAACAAACUCAAGGGCAUGAUCAAGUCCAAGAGCAUCUCGCUGAUGCAGGAGUUCUCCUUCUGGCCCACGACACCCCCACGCCAACUGGGAGGUGUCUUCGAGCUGCGGUCGUACACGCUGCACCCCGGCAAUCUGUUGGAGUGGGAGACGCACUGGCGGCGUGGCCUCAAGGCGCGACGCGAGGUGAUGGAGGGGGUAGGUGCGUGGUUUGUUCAAAUAGGAGAGUUGAACACGGUCCACCACCUCUGGCAGUUUGCCAACCUCGAGGAGCGGAGGGAGCGCCGGGAGAAGAGCUGGUCGGUCGAGGGCUGGAGCGACACGGUUCACAAGACGGUGCCUCUGAUUCAGACCAUGAAUUCGAGGAUCUUGAUUCCCAUGCCAUGGUCUCCAGUGGCCUAA